AUGGCUACUAUCUUUGGUUCCCCACCAAUUUCCUCACUCCCCCUUACCAGAACCACUCAUCUCAUCGCAUCUUCAUCACAAACGCCUCCACCACAACAACCUCAGCCCUCAGGUUCAUCCUCUUCACAACCACCAACAAAUUUGAAUGAAGAUCAGACAGUGCAAAUCUCUAUCAAUUCACAGCAACAGAGGCCUAUUAAACCAGUAGUGUCUUCAACUAAGGUUGAUUCCACGGAUUGGAUCGCCACUUCCUUGACUAGAAGGUUCGGCCUUGGAGCUGGUCUUGCAUGGGUUGGUUUUCUUGCUUUUGGUGUUGUCUCAGAACAAAUCAAAACUCGCCUCGAGGUUUCUCAGCAAGAGGCUAAUACAAGGAAUGUCGAGGAGUCAGAAGAGGUGAUUCUGCCUAAUGGCAUAAGGUACUAUGAUCUGAAGAUUGGCGGAGGAGACACGCCCAGGCGAGGCGAUUUGGUUGUGAUUGAUAUAAUGGGAAAAGUUGAAAGCACAGGAGAAGUGUUUGUGAACACAUUUGAAGGGGAGAAGAAAGCAUUGGCACUAGUAAUGGGGUCAAGGCCAUAUAGUAAAGGAGUGUGUGAAGGGAUAGAAUAUGUGCUGAAAAGUAUGAAGGCAGGUGGGAAGAGGAAGGUGAUUGUGCCACCUGAGUUGGGAUUUAGAGAGAAUGGUGCUGAUUUAGGUUCUGGUGUGGAAAUUCCUCCACUUGCAACACUUGAAUAUAUUGUUCAAGUUGAUAAAGUUUCCAUUGCACCAGCUUGA